GUGAAUGAGAGAGUAGAGAAAAUAACAAGCCUUCCUCACACUAGCUUCUCCCAGUCUCACCAAAACUAGCACACCCCACCUUUAUACACAUGUAGGCACAUUUACAUACACACACAUACGGUUGCCCCCUGCUGCGUGUGCUGCAAGGGAAAUAGUAGAGAAAGCCUGGGGUGUCCUCUGAUCCUCAGCCCAGCAUCUCCUUUCCCCAUAUUUGUUGGGAAAUGGCAGCUGUGAUAUUUGUGUGGCGGAGCAGGCAUGGGAGAUUCUGUGAGAGGUCCCAGGCUGCAAGUUCACUUAAAGAAAAAAAAAAAAAAGAGAAAGACGAGAGCUGCACUGUCACCCUCUGGCAAAAAUACAAAAUGCUGCCUUUCCUUUCCUUCCUUUCUCCCUCCACCCUCCUUCCUCUCUCUCUCAUACUUGUCCUUUCAGCACCAGUGAGAGGGAUGGUUCAUCUCACCUUUGUUUAACUGGUAUUUGUGAGAGUAAACUGGCUGGCAGCGGUGGGAGGGGGUGUGUUAAUGUGCAUGUGUGUGUGGCCUGGGAAGCCACUCCUCCUCUGAGCUGAUUCCAGUCACCACAGCGAUAAUGAAGUGAGCACGACGCUGCCUGCCCGACAGCCUGCCAGUGUGACAUACUGUCACCGUUCUGGAGGACACGCACACUCGCACACAUUCACACACACUCGCAGUCAUUCACUGACAGGACACGCAGCCUGCCUCCACACACAUGCCCACACUCACACAGUUCUGGGAAGGAGAAAAGCAAAGAAGACCAGAAGGAGGGGAAGAAUAAGAAGAAUUUUGUGUUUCAUGGUUUCCUCUCUUUGUGACUGACCGCCAUUGGCUGUGGGUGCUGAACAGAGACAACAACCCCGACACUCUCACACACACACACAGAGACUUCUCUCCCCCGCAGCCACGGAUUCUUGGAUUAGUCCGCCCCGGUGUGGAGUGUGGGAGUCGCGGAGUGGACCAACAUGGGGAACCAGGCGGGGAGACAGGAGGAAACAGAGUCAGGUGUUCAAGCAGCCAAGAAGUCCGGUAUCCCAGCCCCUAGAGAAAUCCCUUCUACCGUAACAAGAGACCGCAUCUCCCUGAGGGACCAGCUUAGGAGCUCUUCCACUAAGAGAAUGGUUUCCAGUGCCAGCACUUCCAGCCUCUCCACCCUGGCAAAGCAGACACGUAGUUCAACCAAGUCCCGUGGAGAUGCAGAGGGCCAAGAAAGGGGCCUUCUGGAGAACCAGGUGAAAGAGCUACUGGCUGAGGCCAAGGCUAAAGACUUAGAGAUCAGCAAUCUCAGGAUGGAGCUGCAGCGCUGCAAAGGUAAAGCCACCACUGCUUCCUCUUCACCCUCACCCAACUCUAUCUCACGCCAAGAGCCUGCUGCAGAUCGGGAGCAGGGACAGGUGACGGAGGCCCUCGUUCUGGUUGGAGAGCUGCGGGAGAAGAAUGGGAAGUUUCAGAGAGAGCUGGCAGCUCUCAGGGAGGAGAACCAGGCACUGAAGGAAAAGCUGCUUUGCUUGGAAGCUUCUCCGCUCUCUAGUGCAAACACAAGUUCCCCCUCCAAGCCUUUGGUGAAUGGCCUGCCCUCAGACUCCAACUCCUCGGCUCCACAACAAGACAGUCUCCCAUCUACCACCAGCCCACUCAAAACCUCUGUCUCUUCCAGCUCUGACAUCACCAAGGACUCACCAUCACCCGACUCCUCAGAGUUUGAGAAGAUCCCAUCGUGCUCAGAAUCAGUGAGCAGUGGUGCAAGUUGUGAAGUCAUUGCUGCAGGGGCAGUAUCCAGUGCACGGGGGCAGGAUGUGUCAGUGCAGAGCCUAACAGAACAGAUUCACAAGAUGGAGGAGAGCCACCACAGCACAGCAGAGGAGCUGCAGGCAACUCUGCAGGAGCUGGGCGACCAGCAGCAAGUGGUGCAGGAACUGACGGCUGAGAAUGAGCGGCUGACGGAGGAGAAGCGCCUCCUGCAGACUUCGCUUCAACAGCAGAGAGAACGUCUGGAGGUGCUGGCCCAGAAGAAUGAGGCGCUGGCUGUCCGACUUCAGGAGCAGGCCCAAAUUCAGGCCCAGAGGGAGGAGGAGCUGGGUAGCCAUGGUCCUCGGCUGGCCGAGCUGGAGCAGAGGUAUGCCGAGCUGGUGGAGAGCUCACGCUUUGAGCGGGAGAAGCUGGUGGACAUCCAGCAGCAGCUGACCGGCAGCCUGCGGGCUCUGGAGGAGGAGCACCAGGAGGCCCAAGGCCAGGUGCGCUGCCUCAGAGAGGAGGUGGACAGGCUGCAGGCCCAGCUGGACAGGGAGCUAGAAAUCGGAGGUCAGGCAGCAAAAGCUGCAGAGGAACAGAAGGCGACAGCAGACUGUCUCAGACUGGAAAACAGUAGACUGAAAGCGCAGGUGGACAUUGAGAGACAAAAGGUGGGUGAGCUGAAGGCCAUGCAAAGUGCCAGUGACAGCACUGAGCUGCAGAACCUGCUGAAGGCAGCCCACACUGAGAGGGACAGGCUGGAGGUGGAGCUGACAGAGCUGAGGCAGGAGCUGCUACAGGCCCAGGCUGAGACCGAGCAUGUGCAGGCCACAAUGUCCAAGGUGGAAGCUAAAUGCCAGCAGGUUCAGGAGUGGGCCGAGAGGAGGGAGCAGGAGCUCAGCAGCCAGGUCACUUCCCUGGAGGAGGCUGGCAUCCAGGCUGAGAACCAGGUGAAGGAGCUGAAGGAGACCAUCUUUGAACUGGAGGACCAGGUGGAGCAGCAGAGGGCCGUCAACUGUCACACCAACCAAGCCGUCCUGGACAUGGAGAAUCUUGUCAAAAAGCUGGAGGAGCAGAAAGCUGAAGCAGAGCGGCAGCUGAAAGUCUUGAACAGACAGAUGAAGGAUGAAAAAGAGGAGUGGCGCCGGUUCCAGGCGGACCUCCAGACGGCAGUGGUGGUAGCCAAUGACAUCAAGGUGGAGGCUCAGCAGGAGCUGCGUGCACUCAGGAGGCAGCUGCAGGAGGAGCAGGAUCGCAACGCAAAGCUUUCUGCAGACCUAGAGGCCCUGCAGGGAGUCAGGUCCCAAGGUGAUGAGGUGAGAGUGUCCGACUCCGAUAACAGCCGUCACUGGUGCGGCAUCUCCAUGAUCCCGACCACACCCACCGACGCCAGUGGAGAUGCCGACUCAGAGCCCGGAGCUACUGUCAAAUCCCUCAUUAAGUCCUUUGAUACUGUUGGACAGAAUGGACCAGGUCACACAGUUAAGAUGCAUUCCUCGCCAAGGAGCCCGCUGAGUGGGAUUCCUGUACGCACAGCACCUGCUGCUGCCGUCUCCCCCAUCCAGAGACAUUCAUACAUAAAGCCGCUAUCAAAGUCACUGGAAAAAAGAAUCAAUCAGGGAGAAUUCUCUCAUCCUCAUGACAAGCUGUCAGGCUGCAUGGAAGACCUAAAACCUAACAGCCUUAUGAGGAAGAGCCCUUCCCUAGAGUCUGUAAUUAAAAACCCUGUGUCCCUCAGCAGCCGCACAGCAUCCUUCAGCUACAACCGAGGCAACAGCAAGCUCAGUGUGGAAAGAAAAGACCCCUUGGCUGCACUGGCGCGGGAGUAUGGAGGAUCUAAGAGAAACGCUCUACUGAAGUGGUGCCAGAAGAAAACAGAAGGCUAUCCGAAUAUUGACGUGACUAACUUCAGCAGCAGUUGGAGUGACGGCCUGGCUUUCUGUGCCCUGUUGCACACGUAUCUGCCUGCCCACAUCCCUUACCAGGAACUCAUCAGUCAAGAUAAGGUCCGGAAUCUGACCCUGGCUUUCCAGGCCGCCGGGAGCAUUGGCAUCAAACCCUCCCUGGACAUUGAGGAGCUGAUGAAGACUGACAGGCCGGACUGGCAAAGCGUCAUGCAGUAUGUCUCUCAGAUCUACAAGUACUUUGAGACCUGACUGGUGAGGAAGAGGACCUGGAGACCGAUGAAGGCCAGAGGCACCUCAGCACUUUUCUGCCCUGUCUGUCAGCACUACAUUCACCUUCCAGACAGACCGAACGCUGCCACUUUAACCUUUCUCCUUUUCACUGUCUGAUGCCAGAGACAGGACAGAGGACCACUCUGUUCCUGAGAAAUCUAGCUGUCAUGAACCUAAUGUUUUCUGUCCUACUUCUCGACAUUUAGCCACAGUGCAGGCAGGAAACACACCACCCUGUUUCAUUUUUACACGUUUAAAGUGUCAGUCGAGCAUCUGAUUCAUAGACAAAAACAGACAAACAGAUUAAGGUGCAAAAUACUAUUAAAGCCUUGUAGCAAUUGACAGCACAACUGAGAGAAGAUUAAGAACUGGUUCAUUUUUCCUUUUCAACCCUUUAUAUUGAUUUUGAAAGACUUUUUUUUAGAUAAUAUAACAAAAAUGCAUAAAAGCCUCUGUCACAAUCUGUCCGUCAGUAGAAAAUCUAAAAAAUGAAUGAAUAUGUUUUUCAGUUGCUUUUGAUCUCAGUCCUCAUGUGGCCCCGUGCUGCCAACACUUAAUAUUAGAGCUGUUUGUGAAUCAAAUGCUGUGUGGAAAUGAUCUGACGUUUGUGCCAAAUCUUCUGCCAAAACACAACAUACACAAGACUAUCUAUGCAUGGUUACAGAGUAGUGUUCUGUCUCAGUGUGCAGCCUGACAUCCUCCUUUCACUGAACAACAUGCAGUCACACCUAAACCGGCGUGAGCUCAGCUUUUGGUAAAUUUUGUUUCUGUUUGCUGAAACGUUGCUAAAAAGAAUCGACACUGAGUUUGACCUUAUUGUAAUCUAGCAGGAGUUGUACUCUGAGUUCUACUUUGCAGAGCAGAGAGUAUUUUGAACUGACAGGUUUGAGUUGAACUUUAUCUUUUGUCCUUAAAAAUGGAGGUCAGACAAACCCUAGCUGCCAUCUGUGAUGCCAAACUAAAAUGAUUUCACACUACGAGAGUUGCUGAAUAGUUUUGUAGAAAUAUUUUUUAUGAAAACAGACGUGAUCUCUAUGUUUGUGUUGUUUACAGCAGUCAGGGUUGACUCAGUCAGACCAUCGUGACGUGCCCUCCUGUCGUUCCUUCACGUUUUCCAUCGAAACUCUCGACAACUAUGGUACUGCAGCUGCUUUGCAAAAUAUAUAUCUAUAUUUCGCAUGCCAUGUUAAAUUAUGAAGGAGAGGAUAACAUUUACAUGUAAGAGCUGAGGCACAACAUGUUCUCGGGGUUCAGACGAGCCGCCUCUUGCAGA